UCCCUGGAACAGUGGAGCCACUUCAACAAAGUGCCGGAGUCUCGAGACCCAAGUUUUCACCUUUACGCGCGACAAACCUGCACGUGUGAGCGUGUGUUCGAGCAACCGGGAGCAGCACCGACCUCCGACGCGCGGACGGGUUUCCCCCACCCAAGGUUUUUUGUUGUUGUUUACGCACGGGGCUCCGGAGCUGGAGCUGGAGCUGGAACACCGGGGGACCGCUGAACAUCUCCGUCCGAAACGGGAAACGAGGAGAGGGAGCCGCGAGAGACGGAGGGAGAGAGGACGGAAGGGAGGCGAGAAAUCACAGGGAAGCAAAAGCCGUGUGUGUGCGCGUAACGCUGCUUGUGGGGCGUGCGUAAAAGGCGCGAAGCAAAGGGAACAUCCAUCGGAGAAGCAAACGUUAUAAACGCUGCCUCUUCUCCCCCCCCACCCCAACCCACCCUCCACCCCCAUGUUUCCUCCGGGCAUGUUUCCGCGACACGCUGGGCGAUGUUGAGCCGCUGUUGCGGGGAGCGGGUGAUUCUCCAGGCGCCGCGGACUCACGGUUCUGCGUUUAACCUCCGUUUGGACCUGGAAAUUACCGCAACUUCUUGUUUUUGACGCGAGGGAACCGCACGAUGCCGUCGGGGACCGUGGACUUCUACAACUGAACCGGACUUGAGAGGCUGUUUUGUGUGUGUUUUUUCUGUGUGUGUGUCUGUGUCUCCCUCACAUCGUGUUUGUGUCGGUUCACUGAAAUGUGAGACACUGGGGAAGUCGGUUCAUGACAAACCGCUGCGUCCAGCUGUUUAACCCUCCACCGCCGCCACCCUUCGCUUUUUUUGGAUAUGCUGGGGAAACUUUUUGAGGAUGAAGAAGGUCCCCGGAGCCCGUCUCCGUUUUCUGGUCACGCCGCCGUCUGCUGAGCCCGAUUCCGCCAAACCGUGUUUUCAUCCGAGUCACGCCGAGGGGACGGGAGAGCUGACAUGCGUGUGGACCGGGGACACGUCGCGCUGUCCUGCUGCCAUUAGUGUAAAGUUGUGAAACCCGCUGGUUAUCGAGCUGAUUGUGAAUGAUUGAGGACACCCGGCGCUGAGAGGGAACCGACCCCACAGCCUGCUCUGACGCCGCGAACCGCCGCCCCCCAGCCCCGCUGCGAACCAGCUCCUGGACCCGGUUACUUUGCGAGGAGAUCCCCCGGAGCAGCCAUGGAGGAGUGGAGACAAUGCGGGCGGUGGUUGAUAGACUGCAAGGUCCUGCCCCUGAACCACCGGGUCGUGUGGCCCUCGGCGGCCGUCUUCGACCUGGCACAGGCCCUGCGAGACGGGGUGCUCCUGUGCCAGAUGUUGCACAACCUCUCGCCGGGGUCAGUGGACCUGAAGGAGAUCAACUUCAGACCCCAGAUGUCCCAGUUCCUGUGCUUGAAGAACAUCCGGACAUUCCUCAAGGUUUGCCACGACAAGUUCGGCCUGCGCAACAGUGAGCUGUUCGACCCCUUCGACCUCUUCGACGUCAGAGACUUCGGCAAAGUGAUCUCUGCUCUGUCGAGGAUCUCCCAACACAGCAUCGCACAAAUUAAAGGCAUCAGGCCCUUUCCGUCGGAGGACACAGCUCUGAAUGAGGAUGAUGUGUACCGGAGCCUUGAGGAGCUGGCAGAUGAACAUGACUUGGGCGAGGACGACAUCUAUGACUGCGUGCCGUGCGAGGACGAUGGGGACGACAUCUAUGAGGACAUUAUUAAGGUGGAAGUACGACAACCCAUGAUCAGAUACAUGCAGAAAAUGGGAAUGACGGAAGAUGACAAGAGGAACUGCUGCUUGGUGGAGAUCCAGGAGACGGAGGCAAAGUACUACAAGACUCUAGAGGACAUAGAGAAGAACUACAUGAUCCCUCUGAAGCAAGUGUUGAGUCCGCAGGACAUGGAGGCGAUCUUUGUCAACCUCGAGGAUGUGAUCAAAGUCCACUUUGCUCUGCUGCGAGCCAUCGACCUGAACAUGGUCACAGGAGGAAGUGGCCUCGGGAAGAUCUUCCUGGACUUCAAGGAAAGGUUGUUGAUCUAUGGUCAGUACUGCAGUCGCAUGGAAAACGCCCAGAAGACACUGGAUGAGCUAAUAGCGACACGGGAGGACGUCAAGAUUAAAGUGGAGGAAUGUACCCUGAAGGUGCAGGAGGGGAAGUUCAAGCUGCAGGAUCUUCUGGUGGUUCCCAUGCAGAGGGUUCUCAAGUAUCACCUACUACUGAAGGAACUUUUAACUCAUUCAGCUGACCGUCCAGAGAGACAACAGCUCAAAGAGGCACUGGAAGCGAUGCAGGACUUGGCCAUGUACAUCAACGAAGUGAAGCGGGACAACGAGACGCUGAAGAAAAUCAGCGAAUUCCAAAGCUCUAUCGAGAAUCUUCAGCAGGUGAAGCUGGAGGAGUACGGGAGGCCAAAGAUCGACGGAGAGCUGAAGGUUUGCUCCAUCGUCAACCGGACCAAACAGGACCGGUACAUUUUCCUGUUUGAUAAAGUGGUCAUUGUCUGCAAGAGGAAAGGUUACAGCUACGAGCUCAAGGAGAUCAUCGAGCUGCAGUCGUAUAAAAUGUCCGACGACCCCAUGAACAACCGAGACGUGAAGAAGUCAAGUGGAAAAAUGUGGUCGUACGGCUUCUACCUGAUCCACCUGCAGGGCAAGCAGGGCUUCCAGUUCUUCUGUAAGACCGAGGACACAAAGAGGAAGUGGAUGGAGCAGUUUGAAAUGGCCAUGUCCAACAUCAAGCCAGAGAGAGCCACGGCCAAUCAGCACAACUUCCAGAUGCACACGUUUGACAAGAACACCAACUGUCGAGCCUGCAAGAUGCUGCUGAGGGGCAUCUUCUAUCAGGGCUACUACUGCUCUCACUGUGGAACAGGGGCACAUAAAGAGUGUCUGGAAGUCAUCACCAUCUGUAAAAUCAAUCCCCUCGACUUGGAACCUGGGAUGUCAUCAGGUCCCAAGAUGGUGGCAGUGAGGAACUACCACGGCACGCCGACACCUCCGGGGAAGACGGCGCUGAGUUUCCAGACGGGAGAUUUCAUCGAGCUGCUGAAGGGAGACCCGGACACGACGUGGUGGGAGGGGAAGCUGAUACAAACACAGAAGAGCGGCUUCUUUCCCAGUUCGUGUGUAAAACCUUGUUUGGACCCGAAGCCCUUCCAGGCGCUAUCGGGCCGGCAGACCUCCAGGGAAUCAGACUACUACGGUUAUCCUUGGUUUGCGGGGAACAUGGAGCGCCAGCAGGCCGACAACCUCCUGAAAUCCCACUGCAGCGGGACCUACCUCAUCAGGGAGAGGACCGCCGAGGCCGAGAGGUUCGCCAUCAGCAUCAAAUUCAAUGACGAAGUGAAGCACAUUAAAGUCAUUGAAAAAGACAACUGGAUUCACAUCACCGAGGCCAAGAAGUUUGAGAGUCUCCUGGAGCUGGUGGAGUACUAUCAGGCCCAUUCGCUAAAAGAAAGCUUCAAGCUGUUAGAUACCACGUUGCGAUACCCCUACAAGUCGAGAGAACGCUCGCUCACACGGGCCAGCACGCGGUCUCCAGCAGCCUCCUGCGCCUCCUACAACUUCUCCUUCCUCAGUCCACAAGGCCUCAACUUCUCCUCAACUCAGACCUCAGCUCCCUUUUGGUCAGUGUUCACUCCGCGGGUGGUCAGCACGGCCGUGGCCAGGUAUAACUUCGCGGCGCGGGACAUGAGGGAGCUGUCGCUGCGGGAAGGAGACACCGUGAAAAUCUACAGCAAGAUCGGAGGAGACCAGGGCUGGUGGAAGGGAGAGGCCAACGGACGAAUCGGAUGGUUUCCUUCAACCUACGUGGACGAGGAGGGGGGGCAGUAAAGCUGGGAUGUUCGCCGGGCCUGGCUCCUUUUUGAAAAUCAGGAACCAUCUUCUACCUACUGUUCUCAGAGAAAAUGACUCUCCCCAGGAAGAUGACACGAGGAAUAAAAUAACUUUCUGUUGCCGUUUGUUUUCCCGCUGGACGCUCGUUUCCCAGCGAGCGUUUCUAUCCCGUUUCUCAAUCUUCAAUUAUGCAUCAGCUUUGCUUUUCGGUUUUUGUUCUUUUUGCAGGACGUCCUGUUUAAUUCGUGUACAGGAAAGAAGAAAGAAAGUGUUUGUCUCGACUGAGCCGACGACGCAGCGCAGACGGACGAUUGGAAAGCUUUACUAUGAAAAGGACGCCCCCUUUUGUUGCAGGUCUAUGUGAGGUGAAAUAAUUGUACAGUAUAGAUAAUUUAUUGAAUAGAGAUUAUUAUCAUUACGGAUGAUUAUUGUGGGGACGUUGAUUUUAGCAGCAGCAAAAGAAUCAGAUGAGAAAAACUAAAAAUGAGAAAGAAAAAAAAAACAAAGACAGACAGACAGACAGACGCUCUGUUUUCAUGUGGAGAGAUUUUUUGCCUUAGUUGUCAUGGUGAUGCCUUGUGGGCUGACACCAGUGGAGGGAAUCAACUUUGUUUUUACUUCUCCAUGUGUGCAUGUGCCCAUGUGCGGCCCACACACACACACACACACACACACAGACACACACGCCGACCAAUGUACAGUACGGUGCCUUUUGAAGAAUGGUCGUUGCAUAUUGAGCCUCAACAUCAGCCAGUAAAGAACUUUGCCUCCCUCCCCCCCCCCCAGAACACACCGUCUGUCCACAUCCAGAGGACGUUACUUAAAAAAACGGAGGGCAGAGGCACUUACACAGCAAAGCGGGGGGAUUUGCCUCCUGAGCCCUGGAAAAACAAGAUGGUGAAGCAUUUAACGCGUCCGAACCGGAGGCUGGAUGGACUCUCGGAGACGCUCGGAUGGUUUUUAUAACCGACAACAAUAACACACAGACACACACACACACACACACACACACACACACACACACAGACACACACUGUUCACACCAGUCUCGGCGUCACAAGGGUGCAAUCAGCCGGAAUGCGCAAAAAGGGAAUCGUCAAGACAAUUCCACUCGACAACCACUCAACACUUUUAAAAAAAAUCUUCGUCGUUCUACUUUUGUUUUUUUGCACAGAAUCAAGAUGAUUAUUUUUUAGUUUUGAGAACUGGACCAUUAAGUUGUUGUUGUUGUUGUUUUGUUUCAUUUGAAGCCAAAUUCUGCCAUGUUUUUUAAUGUGUGCAUGGAUUUCUUAAUGUCUUUUUGUUUUUUUUGUACCUUGCCUUAUUUUUACAGAUGAUCAGGUGAUGGGAUUGUUUUCUCCUCGAAUAGUGAUUCAUGGUUUUUACACGUGUUGAAUCCGCUCUGGUGCUGUGCAGACUGAUGAACAUUAAACAGUGUCAAAAAGAGUUUUUAAAUCUGAAGCAAAACUGUUUGUGCUAAUUCAUAUAAAAUCCACCGAAGGAGCCCUUGUGACUUUCUAGGGGGGGGGGCAGUGCUCAGUGUUUGCAUUUAGAGGCUUUAAUACUUUUUUUACUGAUUCACAGCCGUUCAGUCUGCAGUGAGUUUACAUACAGAUUCCCUCAGAGAGACUUUUUAAUUAGUUACAUAGAUAAUCACUUGUUUAGACUUUAAAAGUUGAGUUCAUUAAUUUGACAUUUCAAUAGUACAAUAUAUUGACUUACUUCUUACAUUUAACCUUUAAUUCUUCCACCCGCACAUUUUCAGCCUCGAUAUAUCGCUGCAGUUUAAUACGUUUCCAAACAAACACACCUACACAGGAAAAGUAGGAUUCUGUAUUUUCAUAAAAUGAAAUGUCCAAAGCAUCAAAGCGUUCAGGCUGAGAAACAAAGUGCAAACACUGAGCGCAUCAGCUCUGGUUCACAAACACUUUUCGCAGCAGACGAUGCAGAUUCGUUAAGUUUCCGAACUUUUGAUCGUCUGUGAUGUGAGUUGUUGUGUCCCCCCCCCCUUCCCCCCUCUGAGAAGCACAACGUACUGGGGGCUGGGGGUGGUGGUGGGGGGGUUCUAGUCGCUGUUUAUGUAGUGGACAAAAACCCAUCGCAUGUGGCUGUUGAUCUGUCAACUCCUGUCAGUACAUCCUUGGAAAAAAAGUACUUCAUUGUGUACGUUUUUUUUUUUUUUUUUUGAAAGGUUGAGUAUUUCCAAAUGAGGUCUAUCAUGAAAUAAAUAUUUCUCUUUUGUUUAAAAAAAAAA